AUGAAUAAACAGUGUGGGGAAAGUGUGAUCGGCUACAAUCAAUGUACAGAUAGGAUCAUCAUGGUUAAAAUUAAUACUAAACCUGCUAUUAUAACGAUUAUCCAAAUAUACAUGCCAACAUCAUCACAUAAUGACGAAGAAGUUGAAGAAACUUACGAUAAAAUAGAUGAAAUAAUGGCGAUGACUAAAGCAGGAGAGAAUGUUAUAAUCCUAGGCGACUGGAAUGCAGCAGUAGGCGAAUGGAAAGAAAGUAACAUAACGGGUAGUUAUGGGUUGGGAACCAGAAAUGAGAGAGGGGAACAACUAAUACAGUUCUGUACACAACACAAAUUGACAAUUGCAAACACUUUUCCAACACCAUAAAAUAAGAAUAUAUACCUGAAAGAGGCCGGGAGUAACAGCGAGAUAUCAAAUCAAUUACAUUAUGACUAAACNCAGUAGGCGAAGGGAAAGAAAGUAACAUAACGGGUAGUUAUGGGUUGGGAACCAGAAAUGAGAGAAGGGAACGACUAAUAAAGUUCUGUACACAACACAAAUGGACAAUUGCAAAUACUUUUUUCCAACACCAUAAAAGAAGAAUAUAUACCUGGAAGAGGCCGGGAGAUACAGCGAGAUAUCAAAUCGAUUACAUUAUGACUAAACAACGUUUUAAAAAUCAAAUUAAACAAUGCAAAACUUAUCUUGGUGCUGAUAUUAACNGAGGGGAACGACUAAAACAGUUCUGUACACAACACAAAUUGACAAUUGCAAACACUUUUCCAACACCAUAAAAUAAGAAUAUAUACCUGAAAGAGGCCGGGAGUAACAGCGAGAUAUCAAAUCAAUUACAUUAUGACUAAACAACGUUUUAAAAAUCAAAUUAAAUAAUGCAAAACUUAUCCUGGUGCUGAUAUUAACAGCAAUCACAAUCUAGUUAUUAUGGAAACAAAUAUAAAGUACAAAAAAAUUAAGAAAGGUGGAUUUACAAAAAAAUGGAAUUUAGAAGUGUUUAAGAAAGAUGAGAAGAGAAUAGAAUUUAAAGAGAAAUGUAAGAAAGCAUUUAACAACAUACUAAUUGAUAAUUGUCAUUCUGAGGAAAUUAAAUGGGACAAUAUUAAGAAAAUUCUAAAGAGCCAGACAGAGGAAGUAAUAGGAACCCAANAUCAAAUUAAACAAUGCAAAACUUAUCCUGGUGCUGAUAUUAACAGCGAUCACAAUCUAGUUAUUGUAUAAACAAAUAUAAAGUACAAAAAAAUGGAAUUUAGAAGUGUUUAAGAAAGAUGAGAAAAUAAUAGAAUUUAAAGAGAAAUGUAAGAAAGCAUUUAACAACAUGCUAAUUGAUAACUGUCAUUCAAAAGAAAUUAAAUGGGACAAUAUUAAGAAAAUUCUAAAGAGCCAGGCAGAGGAAGUAAUAGGAACGCAAAAAAAAAGAUGCGAGAAAGCCUUGGAUGACAGAUGAAAUUGUUAAGCUAAUACAUGAAAGAAGAAGGUAUAAAAAUCAAAUUAGCACUCAAGAACAAGAACAAUACAAAAGAAUACGAAAUGACGUUAAAAGGAAGAUGAAAAAAGCUAAAGAAGAAUGGCUAGAUGAACAGUGUAAGGAAGCAGAAGAAUUUUUAAAAAGAGGAAGAAGUGACCUGGCGUUUUUAGAAAUUAAAAAGCUUUUCUGUGAAAGGAAACAAAACGCAGGAACCCUAAUAAACAAAAACGGCGAAUUAAUACUAGAAGCUCUUAAAAACGGCGAAUUAAUACUAGAAGCUCUUUAA